AUGAUAGAGGCCUCUCUAUCGGAGUUGGUGCUUCCAUUUAGAACACAAGUCGGCAGUGCUGCGAAUACAGCACACAGCAGUAGUGCUGGUGUAGUGGAUACGGGUGGUGCAUUAGCAGCAACAGCAGGACCAACAGCAAGCGCAGCAGCAGGCGCAGCAGCAGGCGCAGCAGCAGUAGUGAAGCACGCUCCUCUUCCCCACGCCUUUCUCGCAGCAACUCUCUCCACCUUCCGAACCUGCGCUCGCGUACGAAGGGCGCUGGCUCGGACCGUGCCGAACCAAGCUGCUGCUUCUGCUUCUCCGAUCGCCGUUUCUAAUGCUGCCACGAGUUCAGCUCCUUUUCCUGCUCCCGCCCCUGCUCCUUCUCCUGCUGCUGACCCUCGUCCUGCUGCUCUUGCUGCUAUCCGUGCAUCUGCUCCUUCUGCUCCUGGAUCAGAGUGGCGGCUGGGCAGGCAUAUGCAUGGAGGUUCAGGUGGAACAACUGGGGGGUUUGAAGGAGAGGCAGAAAGGGAAGGGGAGGUGUGGGAGGAGGACGAAGCAGGUUCAGAGGAAGCAGAGGGAGGAGAGGAGAAGAGGGUGGAGGAAGAGGGGGUGGGUCAUGACGGGAUGGAGGAAGAGGGGGUGGAGAAAGAGCAUGGAGUGGGAGUGUUGAGCUCGCUCAUUUCCUCGUAUGACCCCAUGGCUGCCGUGCUGCUGCGGAGUGAGGUGGCCGCGGGGGUAGAGGGUCACACGGACGAGCAGAAGGAGCAGGGGGGGCAGAAGGAAAAGAGGGAGAGGAAGGAAAAGAGGGAGAGGAAGGAGAAGAGGGGGCAGAAGGAGAAGGGCGAGCAGAGGGAGAAGAGGGAGAGGAAGAAGGGAUUGGCUAAGGAGAAUGGAGGAGAAGAAGAGGAGUGGGGCAUGAUGGGAGAGUGUAAGGCAGGCGGAGGGAUGAAGAUGGGUGGUAGCACGGGGAAGCAAGAGCAGAGCAGGAAGCACAAGGGUCAAGGCACAGGGAAGGAAGAGAGUGCGAGGAAGAGCAGGCAAGGAGAGCCGAGGCGAUUGCAAGAGCAGACCAAGAAGCAGCAGCAGUGGCAGCAGCAGAUGCAGCAGGACACGCAAGCUCCAAGUUCGCCUCCCUCUCAGGCAUACCAAUCCGUCUCACCAUUCUAUGCUCUUGUUUUUGAGGCGCCUCAAAAGCAAUCUUCUCGCACUCCUGAAAGCCAUGCGCAUGCCACUCCGUCUCACGCAUGCCAUUCCGACUCACCACCCCAUGCUCCUCAAUUGCACUCUCCUGAUCCCCAGUCUCCCAUCCCUGCCAUCCCCACUCGUUCUGUCUCUACUAGCUCCAUCCCCACUCGCACUCCUGAAACCCACUCGCUUCCAUCUCACGCAUACCAUUCCGUCUCACCGCCCUAUGCCCCUCUCUCGCACGCUCCUGAAUCCAUAGCGCCCUUCCCGUCCUCCCCAACAGCCCCACCCACACACCCGUACCAUCAGAGCUCCACAUCAGGCGAACCACAUUCUUACGAUCCGUUAUCAUCACACCUGCACCAGUCACAUUCGCACCAGUCACACCUACACCAGUCACACCUGCAACAAUCACACCUGUACCAGCCACAUCCGUACCAGCCCAUGCCAGCUCAUCAUUUGGCUCUGUCCGACGCCCAUGCAACCCAUUCCCACACAACGCUUUCCCACGCAAUCACAACCCCAUCUCAUGAAUUCACAUCCCAUGCACUCACAUCCCAUACAGUCACAGCCCCCACCCCUUCCCUGCUCGCCCUCCGCUACGUAACCGCCCUAGAGGAGCGAAACCGCCUCUCAGCCGCCAAGCUCUCCCAGUCCGCCCUCUCUGUCUCCCUUCACGCCCAACACUUAGCCGCCACAGACCGUUCUAAUCACCUCAUGGCUCAGAAGGUCGAGCUUUCCAAAGAGGAGAAGGCGAGGAGGGAGCGGGAGGGGCGGGAGAGGCGAGGCAGGGAGGAGCUAGCAGGGUUUGCCAGGGCGUGUGCUGAUGAGUUGGUCGCAGGGUUGUUGGUGAUGCUGGUGGUGAUUGGAGCGACGGGGUGGAGGUUUGCAGGGGAGAGGCUGGCUGCUGGCGUGGCGGCUUGUCAGAAUCGGCACGAUCCUGCGCUGGACGCUUCGUCUUUUCUCGGGGUUUCGUUCUCCCGCCCGGACCGGUCGCUGGUGACGUGGCUGCGUCUGAUUGGCUGCAAGCUGACUGUUGCCGGGCAGAUGCUGGUGGCGUUCCUGGUCGCGUCGGCUACUACUUAUAUCAUGUUGCUCAAUAACGUGGCUGCUGCUACAGGGGCAGUUAGCGCCCACUCCCGCCCGGCUACCACCAUAGUGCUCUGCCUGGGCUGCGUGUGCGGUUACUUUGGGUUCUAUGCGGUGCGGCUGGCAGGGGGGGAUGCGGUGGUGUGGUUGGUGUGUUGGGAGGGGCUGUGUUUGCUGCAUGCCGUGGUGGCCUGGCGGAAAGAGCAGCUGUUUCGAGUGCUGUAUGGGCGGAGGGCGGGGGAGGAGGCGGAGGAGGUGGGGAGGGUGGGGAUGGGAGCGGAGGGGGAGGGGGAGAGGAGAGUGGGGAUUGGCGAGGCUUGUACAGGGUCAGGAUUGGAAGGAGGGGCAACAGUGGUAGGAGGUGUAGCAGCAGCAGGAGCAUCAUCAACUGGAGGGGCAGCAGCAGGGGUCACUGCAACAGGAGCAUCAGCAGCAGCAGCAGCAGCAGCAGCACCGGCAGCAGUCAUGCUUGGGCGGCCACCAGAUGCACCAGUAGCAGCAGCGCAGGGGGUGCGGAGGAGAAGAGGAGGGAAUGUGCCAAGCAGAGACCCAACAGGGCCUUCCAUAAACCCAGUAGGGCAUUCAAGAAACACUGAAGGGCAUUCGAGAGAGCUUCCAGGAAAUGGCAUCGGCAAGAUGGUGGGGGGCAUGUGGAGGAGAAUGGUUGAGAUCGUGACAGCUGUCGUGGAUGAUGACGUGGAUGGGCUGGUGAUGGGGCGGUGGAGGGCGGCGAACAGGCGAGGGUCGGACGGUAGGUCGGCGUCACGGCGCUCGUCUUCUUCUUCCGUGUGCAAUUCAGCAGAGAGCGAGCCGUACUCAUCGCCGUCAUCUGCAAGGCGCUCCUCCUCAUCGCCAUCUGGGCGGCGAUCGUCGUCUGUAUCUGUUUCCUCGUCAUCACCAUCAGCAUCAUCGACUUCAGAACGCCUCCUCUUCCACCUCACCCUGCUCCUCCUCCUCCCUGUGGCUGCUGGGACACUGCCCUUUGUCACCUGGGCAGACGUUUUUCGCUUUAUCGGAGCACUCUUUAGCGAGGUUUGGAUGAUGGCAGCAGGUUGGGUAUGGCAGUGGGAGGCCAGGGAGCAGGAGAGAGGUUGGGAUGGGUUGAAUGGGCAAGGGUAUGGACACAGCGGGUCUCUCGGUGCUUCUGCUCCUAAGGGUGGUAUGGGUGCAGAGUCAUUUAGCGAAGCAGGUGCAUCAGCAGGGGCUGGUGGUGAUGGCGGUAUGGCACGAUACUGGGAUGAUGAUCUGUAG